AAAUAUCCGUAGGCGGAUUCUUCGGAGGCCCACCACAUUUUACUGUAGGCUAUUGAAUCUUCCUCUGAACAUCCUGGCUUCUCUCCGGUCCGCUCAUCGCCUUGCACGUGAUCAAGGUCUCCUCCCUUUCUCCCUCCAGAAUCGGCGUUGAAUUCCUCUCAUUUCAGAAUGGUGAAUUCGCGGGAAAUGCAGGGGCCGUGCAUUUCUCAAGCUCUGCGACUCUGAAAAGGUCAUCAUGUUUUCAACAAAGUCUUUUUGUGAAUAGGUGUGUGAAUGCCCCUCCUAAGGGGUGCAUUGGCUUAUGGAGGGAUUUUGUCCUAAUCUCUACAGAAGUUAUCCCCUCGCAUAUAAGAGGAUCAAGUAGCUUGGCAACCAUGACAAUAUCAUUUAUGUUCAGACAAUUCAGAUUCGUAGAGCUAUGAAGUGGGGCAAACAUGCUACUUGCUUCCCUAUGUAAUCAUUCUACUUCAAACCAUGGCCACACGACCCACACGCAUCACCACCAGACGAGCACCACCUAAGUUUCUUUUUCUCCUACUGCUGAUACUUGUGCCCAUUUGUGUGAUUGGAAUCUUCACUCAUGGCCAGAAAAUCUCCUACUUUUUUCGACCUCUAUGGGAUAACCCCCCUCCCCCCUUCAUACGUGUUCCUCACUAUUAUGCAGAGAACGUCUCGAUGGACCACCUCUGCCGUCUCCAUGGCUGGUCACUGCGAUCCGAACCCCGUCGUGUCUUUGAUGCGAUCAUCUUCAGCAAUGAGCUAGACAUGCUUGAGGUCAGGUGGCGGGAGCUCCAUCCCUAUGUCUCAAAAUUUGUAAUCCUGGAGUCCAACACCACUUUCACAGGCAUCCCCAAGCCCCUCUUCUUUGCUUCAAAUAGAGCGCGGUUUGCCUUUGCUGAGGACAAGAUUGCCCAUGGUGUGUUUUCAGGCCGAGCUGCAGAUCGUGGAUCACAUAAAGAUCCAUUUGUACUUGAGUCAGAGCAACGUGGUGCCAUGAAUGGACUACUUCACCGGACAGGGAUUUCCAAUGGUGACCUCCUUAUAAUGUCAGAUACGGAUGAGAUUCCAAGCCCACAUACCAUAAAACUACUUCAAUGGUGUGAUGAGGUGCCACCCGUAUUGCAUCUCGAACUGAGGCACUAUAUGUACUCAUUUGAAUUCCCGGUGGACUACAGCAGCUGGAGAGCCUCGGCCCACAUUUAUGGCCCAUGGACUCAGUAUCGGCAUUCACGCCUAACUAAUAUUAUACUUUCAGAUGCCGGAUGGCACUGUAGCUUUUGCUUUCGGUACAUUAGGGAGUUUGUUUUUAAGAUGACUGCUUACAGCCAUGCAGACCGAGUUAAACGGAGCGAUUUUCUAAAACAUUCAAGGAUUCAGAAGCUCAUUUGUCAAGGGGAUGAUCUUUUUGAUAUGCUUCCUGAAGAGUACAGCUUCAGUGAAUUGAUCAAGAAAAUGGGGUCAAUUCCCCGUUCGGCUUCGGCAGUUAAUCUUCCCGCUUACUUGAUAGAGAAUGCAGUUAAGUACAGAUUCCUUCUCCCUGGGGGUUGCAUACGGCCAUCAGAAUGAAAGUUCUUGAGUUGGCUACUCCAAUUUUCUCUCUACAUAAUCUAAAAAAUUUGUGGGUACUCCUCAACGUUGAAUCAGAUUUUCCCUUUUUAUUUCUUUGCUACCUUAGAGGCAAUGAACUUGGUAGGUAUCUACACCAUUUUAUUCUGUGCCCGGAUGUUCCCUAAAAGUUGUGAGAUCAACGGCUAUUUUUUAAGAA